UUGAAGCACUCUUGUAGUGCCCUGAAUCCUUGAGUGAUUCUAGUGGUAAAACACAGACACACACAUACAUAUGUGAUAUGUCUGACAUUUGGAGCGUUGUGCGAUGGUGGGACGACUGGCAGCUGCGCAUCCUGGUCCUAGGUAGCCUGGGCCUCCAGUGGUUCCUCCUGCUGGCCGCGCCCAUGCGCAAGUAUGCCAUCCCGCGCGUCUUCAGGACGUGCAUCUGGCUGGCCUACAUCUCCAGCGACGCCCUGGCCAUCUACGCGCUCGCCGCCCUCUUCAACCGCCACGCGAGGGGCAGCAACUGCGGCGGCGUGGAGCAAUCGCGGGUCCUGGAGGUCCUCUGGGCUCCCGUCCUCCUCAUCCACCUCGGCGGCCAGCAGGAGAUGACCGGCUACGAGAUCGAGGACAACGAGCUGUGGACGAGGCACACCGUGACCCUGGUGUCCCAGGUCGCGGUCGCCCUCUACGCCUUCUGCAAAUCAUGGCGCAGCUCCAGUGACUGGAAGCUACUGGCGGCGGCGGUCCUCCUCUUCGUCGUCGGGGUCCUCAGCUUCAGCGAGAAGCCAUUGGCUCUCAACAGAGCCAAGAUCAAGAGGCUGGCGGCUGUGUCGGCCUGGGUGCAAGGAACCAAGAAGCCUUCCAAAUGGAGGAAGCGCGUCAACCACUUCUUUUUGUUCGAGGAGAGCAACUGCUUCACUGGGAUUGGGAGGAUGCCCCCACUAAGCAGCGCUGGCGGUGGUGACGGGGAGCAGGCGGUGACCAUGUCGAGGCAUUUCUCCCGCGGUGGUGCCGGCGGGAGUGGGAAGAAGGAGCAAAAACCACAGGUGGUGGCCUUGACGGAGGCAGACAAGGUCUUGAUGGUACUUUCGGACAUGUCACUGCUAGCCGCUGCCAAGGACCUGGUGGCACGGAACAAAGCUGGUAAGGUGGAGGAUGUUCUGCCGCCUCUACCCGUCGCCGAGAAGGCCUUGCCGCGCUGGCUACGCAGUGCAUUCGCCUUCAUCUACACGAGGGCCACCGUGGUUGUCACUCCUCUCUACCUGCUCUACCAUCUGUUGCUGGUCCCUAUCCUGCACGUCGCCACCCUGGCGCUAUUCGCGGCGAGCGACAAGCACCCGUACAGGCGUGCCGAUGUGAAGAUAACCUACAUCAUCUUGUGCCUCACCGCGGCGCUGGAUGUCCUGGCGGUGUUUGUCCGGCAGCUGUUGUAUCGGCUCAUGUCCAUGACAAAGGUUCCAGCCUUGUGCGAGACGGUACCCAGCUAUAACCUCAUGGACACGGCACUUCGGGAGGGCGACAAGAGCAUCGGGUGGAUGUACAAGUGUGCCAGACGCAUGGGCUUCAACUGCAAGGGUGGCUGUCUUUUUUGCAGGCCUCAGUUGGGUCAUCUGUACAAGAAAGUGGCACAAACCGUGAUCGCAGAUCUGGUGGAUGCGCAAGACCGCGACCUUUCCAGUUACAGGAUCUUGGAUUCCAACAACUGGGCUCUGAGUGAGGAGCUGCAAGGUUAUUGUGGCGAGGAGAUAAAGGAAAGCUUGCGCGUCUCGUUCGACCGGAGUGUCCUCCUAUGGCACAUAGCCUCCGACCUUUGCUUCCGCUGCAUUGACGACGAUGCCGCCUUGGUAGAUGAUGAUGAUGGAAGGCAGGAAGGAGGAGGAGGAGCAGAAGAAAUAGAUGAAGGAUCAGGAGAAGCAGCAGCAAUAGCAGCAGCAGAGGAAGCAGCAGCAGGAGAAGAAGAAGAAGCAGCAGGAGAAGAAGAAGAAGAAGCAGCAGGAGAAGAAGAACGGAAGAGGAAGGACCCUGCAUUACAGCUACAUAUCAAGUGCACGGUGGCAAUAUCCAACUACAUGAUGCACCUACUCAACUUCAACCCCGAGAUGCUGCUCACCGGCAGCAGGCACCAUCUCAUCUCCGAAGCCGUGGAGGAACUCAAAUCCACUUCUUUCUCCAGGAGAAAGGAUGGGUCAAGCCAAAAGGACGUCAAUGAGCUCAUUGCCGGCAUAUUGGACCGUGAUGAGCCAGCUUUUGCUGCUGCUACCAGUGGCAGUGAACACGGUGCCACUAGAGGCCUUCAAUCCCAAGAAGUUUUUCACAUCCUAGAGGCAUGCAAGCUCGCCAAGGAGUUGCUGGAGAUACCUGACCCUACGACGCGCUGGAUGCUCAUGUACCGGGUGUGGCUGGGCAUGCUCUGCUACUCCGCCAGCAUGUGCAGGGGUUACCUGCACGCCAAGAGCUUGGGUGAAGGUGGGGAGUUCCUCUCCUUCGUCUGGCUCGUGCUCUCGCUCAAGGGGGCCAAGAGCUUAGCCGACAAGCUGCAGAUGCCGCUGGAGACUGCUAACACCGCCAAAUCAAACGCGCCGGUCACCUGAUUCUAGUUCUGUGUGUGGUACCGUUGAUUGGUUUCCUUUCUUGUUUUCUUUACCUUAUUUGCUUGAAUUGUUUGUGUGACGCCGCCCUCCAUUAUAUUGGCCUUGCUUCUGUC